CGAACAGCUCCCAGUCAGUGACGCUCAGCCUGACUGCCGCAGCCCAAUGAACCUCGCCUUCUGCUGCGCGCUCCCAACACAACAAAAGGCCUCAACACUGGACACAUAUGUAAAAAAUCACGGUCCAUCACAACUAAAAUGACGGAGAACACUAAAACGCAUGUCAUCUUGCUGUCAUGUGGAAGUUUCAACCCCAUCACGAAGGGACACAUUCAUAUGUUCGAAAAAGCAAGAGAGUAUCUACACAAGACUGGUCGCUUCAUUGUGAUUGGAGGUAUAAUCUCGCCUGUACAUGACUCCUAUGGCAAACCGGGCCUUGUCUCGAGCAGACAUCGUCUGACCAUGUGUCAGCUGGCAGUUCAUUCUUCUGAUUGGAUCAGAGUGGAUCCUUGGGAGUGCUAUCAGGACACCUGGCAGACCACCUGUAGCGUUCUGGAGCAUCACAGAGACUUAAUGAAGAGAGUGACAGGAUGCAUUCUGUCCAAUGUGAACACGCCCUCCACAACUCCUGUGAUUGGUCAACCACAAAAUGGGACUUCUCCUAUUUACCAAAACACAGCUAACAAGUCUGUGGCUAUUAAGAUGUGGGGAAAGAUGAGUGAGAGUCUGGGUAAAAUUUGCUGUGUUCGCCCGCACAUGGAGCGUUUUACCUUUGUUGAUGAAAAUGCCAACCUUGGCACUGCAAUGCGCUACGAGGAAAUCGAGUUACGUAUCUUGCUCCUGUGUGGCAGUGAUCUCCUGGAGUCUUUCUGUAUCCCUGGCUUGUGGAAUGAAAUUGAUAUGGAGGUGAUUGUAGGGGAUUUUGGGAUUGUGGUGGUUCCUCGAGAUGGAGUCGACACAGAGAGGAUAAUGAAUCAUUCGUCUGUGCUCAGAAAGCACAAGGACAAUAUUAUCGUGGUAAAGGAUGAGAUUGACCACCCAAUGUCAGUUGUCAGUUCAACUAAGAGCAGACUGGCUCUUCAGCAUGGCGAUGGUCAUGUGGUGGACUACCUGAGCCAGCCAGUCAUUGACUACAUUCUGCAGAGUCAGCUUUACAUCAAUGCUUCUGGAUAGAGCGGGACACUCCUUCCCAUCAGCCAUUCCCGUCUGUCUCUCUCUGUAUGUAACGUAGAGUAUAUUCCUCCCGUGCUACUGCUGCUUUUCCAUGUAGAGGAGCGUUAGUCCCUUCUUGUGUCUUAUUGGGCCAACGGAUGUACAGCACUGUGCCAGAGGGAUCUGUUUAUAAAGACUUGCUCCACCAAUCAGUUUUAAGAGACCGGGUCAUGUGGUUAGAUGAACCAUUGCCUGCUUUAAGCUUGGCCUUUUGACACUCUCUGUUCUUGUAGUUGCAUGCCAAUGGGUUUUCUUUCAGCGCAUGUAUGUGUUUAAAUUUAACACAUAGACCUUAGUCUGUGGUUACAGUGUUUGCAGGAAAAACUGUGCUUGGAUUCAUCUCAUCUCGAAAUGCAUUUUCUACUCAUGAAUCAAGUGGAUGUACAGAGAAAGAUUAGGUUGCAGUCUCAUUUAAUGUAUGCCUCAGUGUUUUGUCUUCAGUGUGCAUUCAUGUAUACGUUGAGUAUUUGGUUGCACAUUAAAGAAUGCGAUUCAAUUUA